AUGGCUGCCAAGUACUUGGAAAUAAUUCUCCGUUUGCCCUUCCUUGUCGUCUUAGAAUGGCUUUUGAUUGACGAAACGAUGGGCUAUUUCGAUUCAUAUAAUUACUAUAGAUUUUUCCAAAUACUAGGUAUUGCCGUAAMAAGUGGUUUAUUUCUUACAAGCCGUGACAGACUGUUCACAUUUUAUAACUAUCUUAUUCUAUUCAUGGACAUGACAGUUAUACUCUACCUGAACGUUUUAAAUUCAGUAGAGUUUUACACAAGAGUGAAAGAAAAAGGAUAUAAUGGACUACAAUUACACGAUGUUGUCCCACUUCUGCCAAUAAUCAUUUGUGCAUGGGUUUUUCAUAUUGUGUCAAUAUKCUCAUAUUCAAUGGURUUGAGAUCCRUAAAGCCAAUUGUGUUCUCGGUGGUCAGYGUUCCUGUUCUAGUCMSAUUUCUUCAUCCUCCAAGYUGGAAACAGUAUCCAUCCAUGUUUUUAUGUGUCUGUUUUGCAACUUCAGUCUUCUUAGCCAUGGAGGCUAUUUAUAAUUGGAUGUGUCGGAUCGUUUAUGAUGUCAUCAACUCAUGUCGAAUUAUGCAAUGGAUGUACCGCAUGUAUGGAUUCACUAUAUUAUUGGUAUUUCACUGGCGUCGACUGGAAGUGCCUUCAUGUCUUGUGAUACUAUUUUCAGGAUUAUUUGCUUAUAACACUCUAGURAUUUGCAUCUUUUCAAGCCAGCCUUURGGACUGUACCAACUCUUUCAUUUUUGCAUUGCACAAACUUGCAAUUCUGCAUUAWCAAUGCUYGCAUGUUGCUUUGUCAUUCAAAGAAUAUGUGGUCUAAUGUUGCAAAUUGUUCGGUUCUGUUUUUAUGGAAACAAUGCCAUUCCAAMCGACGAUAACGGCGCACAUCCCAAUGGCAUGCGAGAGGGCUUUGGGUUCUUUUUCUUGUGUCUUUACACUGGUCUUUCAACUUGCUCACCAAGUAGAAAACUUGUUCUUCUUCAAGUGAUAUUUUAUCUGAUUGUAUCAGCUGUCUUGAGAUCGCUUUUUGAAGUUGUYGAACCUGUAUUAUUGGCGCUGCCAUCCCAGCAAUCCACYAGCUUCAAAAAACAYUUAUCRACAUUGGGCUUUUGUAUAAUAUUACUUGGAAUGUCUGUGUACCUUGCUGUGAGCGUUUAUGGUCUAAAAGAAAGAAUACCAUUCAUUACUCCAAAUAUCAUCACAAUUGCRCARAUWYUAGCUGCUUUGGCAUUGUAUACAUUAUACAGAUAUGAAGCUCAGCARACUGAAAUAUGGGAAGAAUUAGAUGAUUAUGUGUACUACGUCAAUGGCAGUUGCCGUCUGUUUGAAUUUGUUGUGAUUUCUGCAGUUUUAUGCUACAGAGUUUGUGAUUUCAGCCUUGAGUGGACGUUGUUUCAAACCGUUAUGGCUUUGUUGCAUAUCUAUUUUAAUAUUUGGACUCCAGCWAAGGAAGGAUGGCAGAGCCUCAAACUACGGCAYCAAGUAAACCAAAAACUGAACUCUCUUCCUAUGGCAACACAGGAAGAAAUAGACAUUCUUCAAGACGUUUGUGCUAUAUGUCUUGAUGAGCUCAAGGCUGCUAAAGUGACUCCUUGCAAACAUUACUUUCACAGCCUGUGUUUAAGAAAAUGGCUUAAUAUUCAAAGCAAGUGCCCAAUGUGUCAUACUAGUAUAUAAUUCCAAUAUAAAUUUUCACUAUAAUUAAACAAGGAAAAACUUGAAUUUAAGCACGUAAAUCUUCUGUUUGGAUAAAAUUGCUCUGUAAGGGAUUAUUUUCGUUGAAAAUUAUAUUAAAAUGGUUGUCUGAAAAAAAGGUAUAUUCUAAUUCUACUCAAUAAUGUUGGGCAGAACCUAAAUGAAUUAUUUUGAAAACAUAAUGUGAUUUUUUUGUUGAAUAUUAUUAAAUAUUAUGAUAAAUA